CACUCCCUUCUUCCUUCGUUUAUUUUCUUAUUUAUAUGCUUAAUUUAUCCUAUUAUGAUACUAAUCAUGUGGAUAUAUCUCCUUGUUACAAUAGGGAAAUCCCUCUCGCUACAACGAACUUGUUGAAACACUUUCAAGAGAUCAUUCAAGCCCUGGAGCACAGUCUUCUUUGCAGUUAUAUGUUUGGUUGACUGUCCUGUCUCAAAAUGUUUCUCUUCUUGACAAAUCCUGCGUAAGCCUUGUUGAAGCUGCUCUGAAAAUUGACUGGAGCUUCCGUAACGGUGACUUUAUGAACACUUAUUUGGAUUUCAUGGAGAAUCUUGUAUCUGCACAUGCAUUCUAUAUUGUACCUGUUCUGAAUUCGAUUGUGUCAGGUUUCAGAUAUCGCUCUAAUAUACCCCAAAUCACAAAUAUUACUCGUACUAUGUCCUACGAGCGGCAUCAUGAAGCUUUAAGAUGUGUGCUGAAACUCAUCCCUACAGCCUCCAAUUCACUUUUUGUUAGCCUUGUUCGUCAUAUGCCCCACAAACGUUUCAAUUCAGCAGAGCAAGCCGCCUACAUCAAAAACAUUUUGCAAGUAACCGAUUAUGUUCCAGUUUUACGUAAACAAGUGCUUGGUAUGGUUGUGGAUCAGAUGGUCCAGAUCGAUGCGCAAAUUCAAAUCGAAUUGGAUGAAGUGGAUGCAGAUAUUGAGUUUGAUGUGUACAACUUGCAGUUUGAUGAGAAUUAUGACUCAGAAGACAGUGAACCAGAAUUAGAAGAUGACAUAGAUUUGUCGGACGAUGCCAGCGUCGAUUCCGAUGAAAACGCAGACAUUGGAGCCGACACGAAAGAUGAUAUUAAGGAAAUCAAAUACAUGGUCCGUAAAUUAGACGCAAUGAUGACAUUAUGUUUUGAGUUUCUUGCUCGCCAUGCUCAAGACAGUGAAGCUACCGUACAAAAUGAAAUAUUUUAUGCCUUGGUUGAUAUCUUUGACCGUGCUGUUUUAAAAACACUCAAGUCGAGGUAUACACAAUUUCUAUUGUUCUUCUUUUGUUCUUUGAACGUAAAUGUGUACAGCGAAUAUUUUCUCGAUCAUUUGCUUCACCAUAUCAGCGAUUCUAUGAAACCGAAUGUUACUCGCGUUGCUGCUUCUGCUUAUAUUCAAUCGUACGUCGCUCGUGCCAAGUUUUUAGACUCAACUACUAUUCAACGCGUUGUAGCAGCAUUAACAUCAUGGUGCGAAAGUUACGCGUGGCAAUAUGAAUCACAAGUCCAAAACCUGGACUGUACAAAACAUGACGUUUUUUAUGCUGUUAUUCAAGCUGUUAUGUAUAUUUUUUGCUUCCGCUGGAGAGAUUUGGUGGUAACAAAUGAAUUGGAGAUUGAAGAGGAAAUGGAAGAGGAUAUAUCCAGCAUUUCUUAUGAAGAACGCCAACUCACACAUCCUGAGUCUGGCUUUGGUAGUGGAGCUCCUCGUAAUUGGUGUGUCGGCUUAAGGAACUUGCCUCGUUUAGUUAUGAGUAAAUUCAACCCUCUCAAACUUUGUUCUCCUGGCGUCGUACAGCAAUUUGCGAAAUUAGCUCGAAACACUCAUUUCAUGUAUGUAUACCCUAUUUUAGAGAAGAAUCGUGAAAUCUUUGUACCAGGUCUCGGAAAUGCAAAUUUAUUGCAAACCGUACAGUCUUUCUUCCCCUUUGAUCCUUACAAAUUGGGUAGCAGUCGUAUUUUUGUGGACAAUAUCUAUUUUGAAUGGAUAGCCGAUGACGAAGACGAAGAAGAAUCCGACAGUGAAGAGGAGGAAAGCUCAGACGAAGACGUGAGUGCAGGCAUGAUGUCUAUGAGUAUAAGUCCUAAUCCCAAUGUACAUUUUCUGCAGUAAACAUUUAAGUCGAAUACUUCUGCACUUGUACAUUUUUUCAUCUUUUGCUCAUUCAUGUUUUCAUAUAUUUACUAUAUAUCAUUUGUAAAAAUGCUCGUUACCAUUCACUUUAUUUAUGUAUUUC